ACUGAGGCCGGGCUCGGCCCCUGGCGUCGGGCAGCGGUGCGCGAGGAACGCCGCCCCUCAGGCGCGGAGGGGCCGAGGCUCGGAGAUGCCGCCCGGCAAAGUCUUGCAGCCGGUCCUGAAGAUGAAGGUGGACGAGCUGUUCCUGUGCUGGCUCAGCGAGUCCAGCACGCAGAGGAUGCUCCAGGACUGCUUGCAGAGGAUCAAGACGCCCGGGCGGACCGAGAUGGGCGCUGGGGACGCGGGGCAGCCCGGGCCCCUGUCAGCGGCCGCAGCCCCCGCCUGCAAACCCAGUGCGCUGGAUAGCCAGGGGGCGCCCAGCCCGGCCCCCGCGUCCGCCGCGCUGCCCCUGGGGGCCGCCUCCAGUCCCAGGAGUGGGCCACACGUCCGAGGGCCUCGUAGAUCCGCAGGGACCAGAGUAGUCCAGGCGAAGAAGGAGGAGCCGCUGCCGCCCGCCAGCAGCCAGAGCAUUCCGGCCUUCUACUUCCCCCGAGGCCGGCCGCAGGGCACGGCGCAUGUGGAGGCCGCCAUCGCCACCGUCGAGAGGACCUUCGCGCAGUUCCCGCAUGAGCGGGCCACCAUGGAGGACAUGGGCCGAGUGGCCAGGGCAUGUGGCUGCCCCCUCUACUGGAAGGGACCUCUCUUCUGUGGAGCCGGCGGGGAACGCACCGGCUCCGUCUCUGUGCACAAGUUCGUCGCCAUGUGGAGGAAGGUCCUGCAGAACUGUCACGACGACGCUGCCCGGUUCGUCCACCUGCUCAUGAGCCCCGGCUGCAACUACCUGGUGCAGGAGGACUUCAUCCCCUUCCUGCAGGACGUGGUGGACACGCACCCCGGGCUGGCUUUCCUGAAGGAGGCGGCGGACUUCCACUCUCGCUACAUCACCACGGUCAUUCAGAGGAUCUUCUACACGGUCAACCGGUCCUGGUCCGGGAGGAUCACGUGCGCAGAGCUGCGGAGGAGCACCUUCCUGCAGAACGUGGCGCUGCUGGAAGAGGAAGCGGACAUCAACCAGCUGACAGACUUCUUCUCCUACGAGCACUUCUACGUCAUCUAUUGCAAGUUCUGGGAGCUGGACACUGACCACGACCUGCUCAUCGACGCGCAGGACCUGGCACGGCACAACGACCAUGCCAUAUCCACCAAGAUGAUCGAGAGGGUCUUCUCGGGAGCGGUGACACGAGGUAGAAAGGUGCAAAAAGAAGGGAAAAUAAGCUACGCUGACUUUGUCUGGUUUCUGAUCUCUGAGGAAGACAAGAAAACCCCGACCAGCAUCGAGUACUGGUUCCGCUGCAUGGACCUGGAUGGGGACGGGGCACUGUCCAUGUUCGAGCUGGAGUAUUUCUACGAGGAGCAGUGUCGCCGGCUGGACAGCAUGGCCAUCGAGGCCCUGCCCUUUGAGGACUGCCUCUGCCAGAUGCUGGACCUGGUGAAGCCCCAGAACGAAGGGAAGAUCACGCUGCACGACCUGAAGAGCUGCAAGCUCGCCAACGUCUUCUUCGACACCUUCUUCAACAUCGAGAAGUACUUGGAUCACGAGCAGAGAGAGCAGGCGUCCCUGCUCAGGGAGAGCGAGAGCGAAGGCCCCGAGCUGUCGGACUGGGAGAAGUACGCGGCGGAGGAGUACGACAUCCUGGUGGCCGAGGAGGCUGCGGGGGAGCCCUGGGAGGACGGGUACGAGGCAGAGCUCAGCCCCGUGGAGCACAAGCUGAGCGCUCGGCGGUCUCCGCUGGCCCAGAGGCCCUUCUUCGAGGCGCCAUCUGCACUGGGCUCCGUCGACCUGUACGACUACGAGUGUGGAGACGAUGAUCUGCCGCCCUCGUGACCAUGGCCUCGAGGGACUGCCCGCAGCCAUGCGCAGGGUGCAGCGGCUUCUGUGUCAAAACAAACAAAGCAGUUUGGCAGUGGGCGCGUUCACAGGAGACGAGGUGCAUUGUGGGGGAUGGCCAGCGUCAUUUAUUCGGCUCGGAGGCUGAUCCGAGAGGGGCACGGAGGCGUGUCCCACCGUCCUGGACUCCACGAGGGCGACCCCCCGGGGACUCCGCGAACGCUGGCCGCCCCGCCCGCUGCCCCGCUCCUCCGCUGCACCCGGAGGCGCACCACAUGCUGGCGAGGCCCUCGCGAGGGGACCGGUUUCCUCUCCAGGGGCCCCCUGCAGGGCUGGGGACCCGCACGGACUUCGGGCAUCCUGAGUCCGGAGCUUGCAGGAGCUGGCGCCUCCGCCUGCGCAUCCCCGGGCUCAGGGGCU